GAGGAGGAGGCUAUCUGAAUCCAGGGCACUAUCCUGCUGCAGGGCAGUCCUCCUCACUCACCUCGCCUCUCAUCUCACCCUUCUCCGGCUCUCCUCUUUCAUCCGGAUACCACACGCCAGUAUUUUUCUCCCCAGCCAAACCUCGUCCCAGUCAGAGCCAAUCGCUACGCUGUUCCCCUCCCCAUGUCAUCCAGCCAAGACAUUACUCCCAAACACAGAGCCUGAGGCUGUCUCCUCCUCAUGAGCUCAGAAGGUCGCCCUACAGGGCCCCCCUGGUCCAGCUGUCUGCUCAUGACCUGGAGCAGGACCUCAGGGAGCGAGGAGGCGGGUGGGGCCGCAGCGAGCGGGACAGGGACUGGGAAAGAGAGCGGGAGCGAGAGAUGGAGCGGGGAUGGGCUCAGCGGGAGUGGGAGAGAGAGAGGGAGAGGGGGAGGCUCGAGAGGGAGAGAGCCCGAGAACGGGAGAGAAGGGAGACAUCCACUUUUGGGACCUUUGGAUACGUCGGACCGGUUCCUCUACGUUCAGACAGAGACUCUGUGUUUAUAGAGUCCGACCACGGUUUGGACACAACACCCCUGCUGCUCCCCCAGCCCUCCCCCUCUCCCUCCCCCAGCGCUGCUCCCAGGAUGGGCACUGGAGCAGUGGGCAGGAACAGAGCUGGGUCUAAGGUUGGCCCUGAAGGCGUCGGUGGUGGGGGGGUGCCUAGGUGCGACAGCGUGAGUUUGGUGUUGGUGGACAGUAAAUCGGGGUGUGGACCCAGGUUAAUCAGUGAAGUCAUGACUGGAAACAUCUCUGAGGCAGAAAUGAGAGCAGGACACCAGGAGCACCAUCGAGCCGAGAGCUUAAAUAAACACAACAACGGCUCCAGGUCUAGUGUGAAGAACGUACCUGAGAAGAGGAUGGGCUCUCAGGUGAAGACACGGCCAGGAGGUCGGGAUCUGGAAGGAAAAGUGCAGUCUGGGAUGGAGAAUAAGGACGGAUAUAAAGGAGUCACAAAAAGCAUGGAGAAAACCGGCGCAGCUAUGACUCGACAAGAACGUGUACCUGAACACUCGAACACUGAGAAGACGGCUGGUCCUGCAGACAAAGCUCAGGUCCAAGCUGCUCUUGAUCCUGAGACCAAGCAUGAUCCAGGAGUUAACAUUAACUUCCAACAGGCUGGAACAGACGCCGAACCUAAACCAAAAUCUACUGUUGUAACGUGUGAGUCCAGUGUAGAAGCUAAAGCUGACUCUAAGAUUGCUUCUGGUUCUAAGCCAGAGGAUGGACCAGAAGCAGGGAUCAGUCAUGGAGGCGUAAAAGAGAGCGAGACUGCCAACCAUGCUGAAACUCCAGGGGAACCUCAGGUCAGCCCCGUGGCUGGAGAAAACCCUGAAGCUGUUCCUGAAGCUGCUCCUGAAGCUGCUCCUGCAGACCAAGAAGAGGAAAAAUGUGAAGAUUCUGGUAAAACAAAAUCAGGUCAUGCUGUGAAAAGCUCAAGAUCCAAAUCUAAAUCCUCCAAGUCCUGCUCCAGGUCUCGACCAGGCACCGCCACAGGAAUGCGUCCAGGAGUGCUAAGCCCCCGAGAAAACAAGAGGUUUGGAGACUUUGAAUCAGCCGGCCCACCUGAGGGCACCGAGUCCACCUGGCCUCGCAGAAUCAUGGUCCGAAAGAGGACUGUCCGUCAGGGCGGGGCGCUCCACAACCUUCCCAUCCUUCCCCCACUUCCUUCGGUCUUGUCAGCACUGGAGAAGAGGCAUCCGCACCUGCGGCACGGCUCAGAGAACCCCUUAUCAAGUCUGAUGAACCCCAUCGUAGGGCGAUGCUCACUGAGGGAGCCCGCUCACCCAGAGCCCGGUCAGGGGAGCGGCUUGGUAGGCCGGGCCUCCCUGAGGGAGCAGAACCUUGAGCACUGGAGGGUCUGCAGGGAGCAAGAGGAACCUAGGAGAUCCAGAAGCCGGGAGAAACGAGGGGAGCAAAGUAAGGAGAAGACAGAGAAAGAGGAAAAGAAAGGAAAGGAGGAGAAGAGAGAAGAGACUCUAAAUGCUCAGAAGGUUGUUGUGAUGGACACCGAGCAAGACAAAGUGGAAAGAAAUGUGGAAGAAAUAAUUCAGAGAGAUGUUACCAAAAAUAAGGAACUGAAAAAAGACAUAGAUGCAGAAAUAAAGCCAGAAAAAGUGAAGGAUGAAGGAGUCCAGGUUAAGGUUUUUACAAAAGAGCUACAGGAACAAGAUGUGGAGCUGGAAACAAAGCUAGCGCCAGAGGAAGGUGAGCUGUUUGGAAGAGAAGGAGUGACUCCUGGAGAGGAAGGAGGUGUGGAGGGUUGGGAUGUUGUCCUUGACAUGGUCAACACUCUUUGGGACGACAGCUGGGAGAAACGUGAAGCAGGCAAAGGAGAUCCAGAUUCCCCUCUAGGCUCCCUGCAGCGUUGGCCUCUCCUCCGACCACCGAUCGGCUUUGGGGGCUCCCACCCUCCGUCCUCAGCAGCCUCUGAGCUCAGCCUGACGGAGUUAGAGAGGAGGGCCAGGGAGCUGGACUCUGACCUGGAACACCUGGACCUGUCACAGCCUCACAGGGAUGGAUACCCAACCCUGCUGGAAGCGGGGAAGGAACGGGCCGACAUGUACCAAACACACCCGGGGCCCCAAAGAGACAAGGCUCCCCUUCACACAGGAGUGAGCAGCAGAUCCCAGGUCAGUUUGGAGCUGAGUGCAAUGACUUUGACACCACCAGAUACUGACAGGUCAACUAGUGACUGGUCAGCUAAAUCUGCAAGCACACCCGCUGUUGGACCGAGCUCCAAUAAGGAGGACAGCUCUCCGGACUCCAACCUGACGCUGGAGUCUGACUCCAGUGGCGUCUUUCUCUCGUUAUCCAAUCAGAGCCAGGAGGACGGUGGGUCUGACAGUGACCAGCCAAUCAGCGGGUCUGAACUGGGCAGCAGCAACACAUCGCUGGAGAAAGAUGGGGAUGAUGGGGGCUUGAAGGAGUGGGGAAGGGAGGAGAGCUCAGAGCUCCAGUGGUGCUAUCCGUCACUCCUCAACACCCCCUCAUACGAAGACCUGGAUGGACGUGGUGUUGAAGAGGCGGUAGGAUGCGGAGAGCCCGGCUCAAACGAGGAGGAGGAGGUAAAAACAGCUUCCAUCAGGAAGACCCCAACAAAGCAAUCAGACAUUAUGGCCUCAUUUAAGGCCCCACAAAGGGGAGAGGCCCCCCCCAGGAAAAAAGUGACCCUUAUGGGAGUAGACCCGCCUCUUCCUCUUUCUCCUUCGAAGCAACAAAUCAAACACCUUCUAGAUCCCUACCAGAAACCUCUCAGGAGCUCAGGACUGGACUGUGGGGACGUGGAUCCCUUCGUCCAAUCAGAUAGCUUUGUUUAUCUGGCUGUGUCAGCACGACCUCCCUGCAAAGGUGAAGCUGCUUCAGUUAAAGAACUUUCCUCCCAUGAUGCAAAGCGCCCUAAUGUAGAGAAACAGACGGAGCGCAGCGAAGCACAUGUUGAGCGAGCAAACAUGGAGGCCGACACCAAGCUGACACGCCUGAGCCCUCAGAGACCAGAGGAAGGAGACUUCCUCUGCACUGACAGCUUCGUCUACCUGGCUGCUCCAGCCUGCCUCCUGCUGGGCCCUGCAGGAACUACAUCCUACAGUGGCAAGGAGUCAGACUCUGAGAGUUCUGGUUCUGGUCCGGUUGAUGUCUCGGUUCUGGGAUGUGGCUCGGUGGCAGGGGACAGCGACUGGGACUCGGACCUGUCUGACUCCGACCCCAGCCGCUCCUCAAGAAUCUCCGGCUGUGGCUUAAAGUCUGCUGGAGCGGGUCGGUCCAGGAAAGGCCCGGCUAAGUGUGACUGGGACAUGUUUGGAGACGCUACUGAAGCCGAGGUGCUGGGGGAGCUCUUCACAGAGCACGACAGGUGCAACAACGGCAGAAAGGUCACCAGCAGCAUGUCAGCGGCAGCAGAGACCCCGAUGGAACGUCGCUCCGAGUCUCCGCCGGUGAACCCAGAGACGUCAUCAGAACCGCUGUCGAGCACAAAGAAGGUGACGUGGCAGUUCAAACCCGCUCAGAGGUCCGUUUGCACCGGAAGCAGGAAGGAGAAGGAGCCGCCAAGAUUCCCAGAAAGGGGAGGAGGUGACGGCCAUCGGCCCUCCCCUUCAUCCUCAUCAUCUUCGUCUCCGUCCUCCUCAUCCUCAGGCUGAUUCCUCAGAGGAACGUUGCUUUGGCUCUUCGGGGAAGGAGCUGAAGAGCCAACAGGUAGAAAAGAACCUGAUGUUUGAUUUGUUUUCUUUUGCAUCUAGUUGCUGCAGUUGCCUUCUUCAGCCUUGUACAAGCUGCAUAAAAGUUGUUGCUUUUUUCUUAGAAUAGUGGACAGAUUCUCAUUUAUAAUAUAGUUCAGUUUGAUGUAAGUCUGAGUGAGGCCACGUUUUGGGAAAACAGGGUGAAAUGACUCAUUUUAUCUUCAUUUAUUCUCUAAACAGUUGUUUUGGGCUUUGAUCUGUUAAAUAAAGCGUGCGUUAUGUGAACAAGCAGAAGGAAAUCCCUGUCAGCAUCACGGUUGAUGCUGAUCACAUCCAUUACUCUGCUAUUCUGCUUCUCCAUGCUUAAUGUGUAUUUUAUAAUCAUAUCCAACUUUACAGUGUAUUUAAAAGUGUUUAAUAAUAUAUUUUGAUCUUUGAGAUAUAGAAAAACCCAUAUAUAAAUACCCACAUAUAGACACAUGCAAUGAAUGUGCACAGAGAAAUGUUUUAUUCUUCAUCUAGACUCUGAUUGUGAAUGUUAUGAUGGAGCAAUAUGCUGGAGAUUCAUGCUAUCUUUGUUUAUUUGUGGCCAUAUUUAGCCUAAUGCAGCCGGCUUCUGAUUGAGGAGGCACAUUCCCUCAUCGGACCAACGUUUCUCUACAUCCAGCCUCCAGUUUGAUAAACAAGCAGGAACUUUGGGAUGUGGCUGUGAGCAGUUUUAUAUUUUUUACUGCUCUAGUGGCUUUUUUACAUAAUUGUCCUGCUAUGUUCUCACUGCAAAUUAAAAAUAAAGUGAUAUAACUACAGUUGAGCUCAGCUGCUUCCAUCAACCCAUAAUGGACAUGAGUAUCGCAUUAAUCCAGGGUGGAAUGAUUAUACAGCCCACCGCUGCAAAGACUAAUGGCUGCACUUUCUCUGAUCCACACAGGGUCAUAAUUAUACAUACAGGCUCAAAUACACGCAUACAUUCAGUUGAAUUUUUAAUAUGCCGGGCGAUUCAAUAAUAACCUUUGCCUUGACUUUGCCACGGCCAGCUAGCAUCUGGGUGGUGAUCAUAACUGACUGCAGCUGGUAGAAGCAUCACUGGAGCAGCACUGGA